UGCAGUAUUUCAGAAUUGGUGCAGUGAAAAAAGGACAAAGGGAAGCACAACUUGUAUGCUACUGAAAUCAUUUUUAAACCUAGAAAGUGCCGUGUGGAAAAUUAACUCAACCUGCAAAAAUGAGCUAUGAUUCUUUCAGUUAUCGCAAAUCAUGGGAAGACUACAGGAGCAGUCGCCCUACAAAAUCGAGCAUCUCUUCCUCUAUUUAUUCCAUGCACAGGGCUGCAGCACCUGUGAAAAGGUCAGUGAAAGCAUCCUUGUCUUCAUUACCUGACUACAUGGAAAAGAUGGACCUCUCACAAUUAAGCACAUUAAACACUGAGCUGCUUAAUAUCAGAGCUCAGGAAAAAGAGCAGCUGAUGGAUCUCAAUGACCGAUUUGCCACUUACAUCGAAAAGGUUCAUAAGCUGGAACAGCAGAACAAGGUUCUUCUACUAGAGCUGGAGACACUAAGACAGAAGCAAAUGGACCCGUCAAGGCUGCAUAUGAUCUAUGAGCAAGAAAUUCGAAACCUACGGGCCAUCCUGGAUUCAGAGACAAAUGACAAGAUGAGGAUGGAAGCUGACAGGGAGCAUCUGCAAGAUAUCUAUGCUCAGCUUAAGGACAAGUACGAAACAGAGGUGCAGCAGCGACUAGAAGCAGAGGACACACUACAGAAGGUCAGAGAGGAGGCAGGCAGAGUUGCCCUGGGAAACAGUGACAUUGAAAGUAGCAUCAGCUCCUUGAUGGAAGAGAUUGCUUUCUUAAAGAAAGUGUUUAAUGAAGAGAAUGCUGAGCUUACCAACCAGAUACAAGCUGCCAAUAUCACUGUGGAGGUUGAAGUAGCCAAGCCUGACCUCACACUGGCACUGAAAGACAUCCGUUCACAGUAUGAGAAACUAGCCAACAAGAACAUGCAAGCAGCUGAGGAAUGGUACAGAACCAAGUUUGCUACCGUUGCUGAAAUGGCUACCAAGAAUAAUGAAGCAGUGAGAUCCAUUAGAGAAGAGACUUCGGAGUACAGAAGGCUCCUCCAGUCCAGAUCCCUGGAAAUCGAGGCCCUAAAAAAUGUCAUAGACUCUCUGAAUAAGCAGCUAGAAGCAAUGGAAGACAGGCAGCUGCAAGAAGUGGGCAAAUACCAGGAUAGGAUAAAUGAGCUGGAAAAGGAAAUUGUAGAAGCCAAGCAGGAAAUGUCUCGUUACCUGAGGGAAUACCAAGAUUUGCUGAAUGUAAAGAUGGCCUUGGAUAUUGAAAUUGCAGCCUACAGGAAACUUCUGGAAGGGGAAGAGAUCAGGCUGAGUUAUGCUUCACUCCCAGCACUCAUUUGAAGCUCUUCUGGAACAUCUUUGGAGCUGGCUGAAAGGCACCGAUCUGUAUUAUUUAGUACAUUUCAGCCCUCUCACCUCUAAAAUGCAGUGCUCAUUUAACACAUCACAAUGUUACUUAGAAGUCCAUGUCUACUAAAUCUUUUAAUUUUACUUAAAACUUAGUUGUUUUUUAAUACAGAUCAUAUUUAGACUGACGGCAAUAUAAUAAUUACUGAAUGGCAGUUUUACCAUAAUAUGGAAAAGUGAAUGUGUACCAUGGUUGUAUAAGCCAGUAAUAUCUAUUCAAAAUAAAUAAGUACAUUACUGUGCACAACUGCAUCUUUGCAAUCAAACCACAGACACCUUACUAUAUAAAACAUCUAAUCUGUCCAUUUUUCAAUUUAUUUAUAUAAUCAGACUGAUUCCACAUCUCCCUAAACAGCAUAUUUGUUUUAAACUGCCAAACAGUAAUUAUAAAAAGGGCUGUGUACAACAUAGAAAUGCAUUUGUUAGAUAAUUUUAUGGACUUUAUUUCUGUCUGUUGUUUUGCUUAAUGUAUCAUCCCUGUGCAAUUCCCAUAAUCCACAUACCUACUGUUUCCAUAAAUUAUGAUUAAGUGUACCAAAAUAAGCACGAGAGAGAAGGUAAGAAAACAAACAAGCCACAAUGUAAUACCCCAGCUGAUGAUCUGCAAAACUAAAAAAAAAAAAGUGCUCAGUAAAACAGUCACUUUUUCCCAUUGGCUGUAAUGUUUUGAUAAAAGCUUUUGUUUGCCAGAUGGAAGACUGUUUGUAAGUUAGUCGACAAAUUGCUUUGCAGGAUCCUGAAAACAAUUUAGUUGCUUCUCAGUCAUAACUUUAUUUUUUUUCUAAUGUCCUUAGAUUUUCUGUACUUAAAAUAGAUGCACAAAUGCAGAACUUGUAGAAAAUAGAUGUUUGUCUUGUAAUAUGCAAUAAUGCAAGAAUAUUUAGUUCUAAAAGUCUGGUUUAAAAAUAUGUGAGAAAUAUAGUAAUAUUUCUUCAUCUUAUCACAGAAAAGUGUGUUUUUCAUUUUGAUUCACAUACAGUAUCUGUAUAUAUCAUAUUAUUUUAAUGUAGUGAGGAUAAGAGCUUUAUAGCCCCAUCUAAAUAUUAUAAGCUAAAUCACUUUUUUCAUUUGUAUCUCAAUGUUGCACACAGCUGAUUGCCUGCAAUCAGACAUUGUUGCUUUAUUGUAAGAAUACAAGACUUCUCUGUUUCUAAACAUAAUGUAUUUAAAAUAAUUUGAUAUUGAUGUUAACAGUUGCCAUUCAGUCCCCUAGAUCAGAAUUUCAUUUUCUCUGUGAGUUUCACUUUCAUUGUACUCCAGAUAAUUUUCCCAUGUAUGAAGUACUUGCCAAUGUGUUUCAGAACACAUACUACAAACUGUAUGACUGUAGCACCCCUGCAAUGUCUUUAGUGUUUCAUUUAAAGAAAAGUGGAAAGUCUUAAACUGAAGUAUUUCCCCAAACAGAUCUGAAUAAAUUGUUUCUUAGAGUUCUUAUGAAAGAACAACAACCUUGUGGAGCCAAAUCGAACAAUAUAGAAAAACAGAAACAACUAGCUUGCUAGAAAGUCUAGAAAAAGUUGGGGGUAAAUGAUUCCAGGAAAGAUAAUGACAUAGCCAUAUUGAAAAAAAUAUAUAUUUUUUCAAGGGGGUAGAUUUAUUUAACUCUACACUCUAGUGCUGGAAGAAAAAAAGAAAACAAGAAAGUAAGAACAAAGGAAAGAAAAACAAAUCUGGCAUUAUGUGUUUAACUGAAUUUGCAGGCAAGGUGUACUAAAAUCCUUAAUGUUUAGGAGCUGCCACACACACAAGGGAUUAUGGUUCAUUAGCUCCAUAAAGAGAUCUUGUCCUUAAAAUCUUGAAUAAAGACAUUUUACAAAAUCUAGACUGUUCCAGUAAAUAGUAUUGAUAGCUGCAAGCCCUGAAGUGGUGCCCACAAUCAAAUAUAACAGGGAUAAUGUACCAGCUAAUAUCAUUGUCAGAGAGCUUAUAACUAAAAGCAACAUGACAAAUAUUACACACAAAAAAGAGAGUCUAGGUCAUGGAUAACACAAAGGAUGGCAGUAGAAGACACUAAGGUAUUGCUAUAAACCAAGUCUUCAUGAUCAAAUGUCAAACUGAUUGGUUUUAAAAACCUGUGGCAGCAGAUGUUUAUAAAAUGCAUUUUUUUUCUGAAAUAAAAGUGUGAUGGCUGUUGAGCUUUGUUUUGAACGGUGCAGCUUCAAAGAUCAUUUUAGCUAUGUGCUAGUCAUAUGAGUUUAGGUUGGCAGUAAUGGCAGUGAGUAGGAAAGAUUUAAGGUGCCAGUGCAGAGUAAUGUGCUAAUUAAAUUAAUACAAAAUUAUUAAUGCACAGAAAUUUAAUCAGAGGUUUAUAAUGGCUACCAUGGUAAUGUAAUGGUAAUGUAAUGACUGCAGUGAAUACCUUUACAGCAGUAUUUUGGUACAGUUUGUUACCAAAGAACUGCAGAUUAAACACUUAAUUUAAAUUCAGA